UUUCUACUUUUUUCGUCAGAGAGUCAACCUGAAGAAAAAAUGGAUCUCAGCAGCCUCGGAAGCUUGAAAGGAAUUGGAGGUGGCGGAGGUGCUGGAGGACUCGGAGGAGGUCAUGGAGGAGGUCAUGGUCAAGCUGGUGGAGGAGGACAGAUUUCGGCCAAGGAGCUUCAGGAUUCGCUGAAAUUGAUAAACAGUUUUUCGAAUUUGAUGAAGAAAGCUAAAAAUAAAGAUACUGAAGGAGCAAAAGACGCGUGGGCCAACAUAGCCGGAGACCUAGUAAGACUGAACCCAAACGCAACCAAUGAGGAUUCUCUUCAAAUCAAGAAAUUGGUGAAAGAACAACUCAACGAGGAUCAUAACGCGACAGAUUUUCAAAACCAUACCGACAUUCUUACGGAUAUGUUGCAGAAGCACACUGGCACUUUUCUCAAAGACAAUGAUAAUUCGACUGAUUCUAGCAUCAGCAACAGCACAUCCCGUUGGGGUUCAUGGGGAUCCCACCGAAAUCGUACACUUCCGGACCUUGACGAUAUGUCAACUGGACUAGACUUAUCAGAUCUGAGUGAGCUUCUUGACACACGUGAACCGGGUGAUUUGAAUGAAAGCUACACGCACAGUAUUCCGUUAAUAAUUGCCUCAAGUCUUAUCAUGGUCUCGUUUUUCUACUACAUUCCCCGGAUGGUCUACUUCAGGCUAGCCCACGUACAGAAGGAUUGCAAGCACGCAUGGUUCUUCCCGAUUUUGUAUUUGUCUGCAAUUGCAUGCGUUGGAGCUGUGGUACAUAUGGCUUCUGCGUUUUACAAACUGACUCACAAUGAGGCGACCGAGAUGUGGGACACAUUAAUUUUUGGACAACCAAACGCGGAAAUUAUCGAACCGGAUCAUUUCACACCGUUUGUCCUGAAAGCUUUUUGUGCAUCGGUUAAUCGCAUUAUUGGUCCGAUCAUCGCAUUGGUUUGCUUGCAACAAGUCGGAUUAUGUAAUCCAAAUUUUAAUGUUUUCCAAAACAUCUUUUUCCAACUUUUCUACUGUGCUCUGAUGACUGGUCUCACGUUCGGAUACACCUUCUUCAAAUUUCACGACUUCUUGAUGGUAGUUCACAAGGAUAACGUCGUAGAUCCAAUUCAUCUGGAUAUUUACGAUGCCGCUGCUCCAUUCGUCACUGCCGUCAUAUUUUUCUAUGCGAGACAGGCGGUAAACCGUCAGUCAACCUAUGAAGCCGACAGAACUGGACCAAAUGCACCAAACACUUUGGAUCGUAUUUCGAAAGUCGUGAUCUUUCAAGUGAUCAUGGCUGGUGUUGCAGUCUUUGCAAGUUUCAUGAGCUUUUCAGAGGACGAAGAAUUAAAUUUUGAUCCACGUAAAUCUAACGACACAUACUAUUUCUUCAUCACAGCCCAAACCCCAAUCCCAAUUUUCUUCCUCUUCAAAUCGCUACUCCGUUCUCGCAAAUCGAAACGGAUUUGUUUUCUUGUGUGCUGUAGCUCGGGAGAUCAAGUCGGUUCCGCUGAAAAUGUUGAUAUGAAUGGACAUCCAAAGACCAAUGAGCCGAGUGAGAAGCAUGAAGACCACGAGGAUGAGGAAAAUGGAAAAGAGAAUACUGCUGAAACGCUGGAUCAUAAUAAGAUUCAUAUAAGUUAAAGCGAAAGGUAUUACUGAAAUGCAGAUUAUUGUGCAUACCAUAUAUUUAUUUUUGAUUCGACCAAAUAAACAUUAUU